AUGAACUUUGGGCCAACCAAGGAAGAAAAGGUGAAAAGUCGGCAAUGCAUUGCUCCUGAAUGGACGCUAGAUGGCUAUUACACCCUUGCUGCUUUGCCGGUGUCAAAUAGUGGCACCGUGGCUUUCAAGACAUGGGGAAAGAACUUGGGAAGUGAGGAGAUGAAAGGGAUCAUACUUGCGAGUUCAGGCAUGCCAAAACCUCAGGAAGCUGCAUCUAACACCAAAUAUGGAAUUCAAGAGAUGCACGCACAUGUACCAACAGGACACCUCAGAUAUACUUUAGGGAAUUGA